AUGGCAACGGUCCUAGCAAAAGACCCUUUUCGAAAGGGUGAUGCUUCGGUAGCAUCGAUGUCUAUGGAGGAUAUUCCUCCUUUAGGCGCACCCAAAGAGGAGAAACGAUUUUGGUUCCAACGAGAUGAGUUCUACGAUCCUUUCGCCAUCGCUACGCAGGCUAGCGUUUUUGAUGACCCAGAUACGGCUGAACAGUACCAACCUCGGAAGGACUGGGAAAACAUUCACCGUUUUGAUCCAUUAGCUAGAUGGACAUGGGCAGAAGAAUAUGCCUUGGUCCGAAAGGUUGAUUUUCGUAUACUGGCUUGGGCUUGCAUUAUGUUUAUGGCGCUUGAACUUGACAGGGCCAAUAUCAGCCAAGCAAACACUGACAAUAUGCUGGGGGAUCUUAAUAUGACCACUGAUGAUUUCAAUCUUGGAAACACCGUCUUCAAAUUAGCCUUUCUUUGUGCUGAGUUACCAUCACAGCUUGUAUCCAAAUGGGUCGGCCCAGAUCGAUGGAUACCUGCACAAAUGGUGUUGUGGAGCAUAGUGGCCAGCUCUCAAUUCUGGCUCGCUGGGCGUGACUCCUUCCUUACCUGCCGUGCGAUAUUGGGUUUGCUACAAGGAGGCUUUAUUCCUGACGUCAUUCUGUACCUGUCAUACUUCUACAAACACCACGAGCUCUCCCUACGACUUGGGCUUUUCUGGACUGCGAUGAGCACCGCUGACAUACUCUCGGCACUUCUCGCAUACGGGUUACUUCACAUGCGCGGCCUUCAAGGACACGCUGGAUGGAGAUGGUUGUUUCUCAUCGAAGGGCUCAUGACUCUUUUCAUUGGUAUCUUCGGGUUUCUCCUUAUGCCCGCUGGGCCCUGCCAGACUGCCAGUUGGUUUCGUGGCAGGAAUGGCUGGUUCUCAGAAAGAGAGGAAAUAGUCCUCGUCAACAGGGUGAUUCGAGAAGACCCUAGCAAGAGUAGUAUGCACAAUCGCGAGCCGGUCACCCCACGUCUUCUGUGGGAGAGCAUCCGAGACUACGAUUUGUGGCCGCUCUACAUAUUAGGUCUUACCUUUCAGAUCCCAAUGACGCCGCCGCAUCAGUAUCUUACCUUGACGCUGCGCAACUUGGGCUUUGGUACCUUCCAAGCCAACUUGCUCUCUAUCCCGUACACAGUCGGACACAUGAUGACUAUGCUUGCGAUCACAUACCUCGCUGAGGUCUUCAAAGAACUUACAUUCAUCUCUAUGUCAGGUCAGGUGUGGGCCUUGCCUUUCUUGAUAUACCUCAAUGUGGUCGAUACAACGGAAGUCAACAAAUGGGUUCUUUACGCAGUAAUAUCUUUGUUACUAAUUUACCCCAACGCUCAUCCUAUUCAAGUGGGAUGGAAUAGUCGAAAUUCGAAUAAUGUUGGGUCCCGAACAGUCUCUGCCGCCUGUUAUAAUAUGUUUGUCCAAGCCAGUGGUAUAAUUUCCUCCAAUAUUUAUCGCUCCGAUGACGCACCUCUAUACAGGAGGGGCAAUAGAGUGCUCCUCGGGGUUGUCUGCAUGAACUUGGUGCUAUAUCCUCUCGUCAAGAGUUACUACGUAUACCGUAAUAAAAGAAGGGACCGGAAAUGGAACGGCAUGUCACAAGAUCAAAGACUUGCUUACCUGGCUACCACCAAAGAUGAAGGCAGCAAAAGACUGGACUUCCGUUUUAGCCACUGA